AUGGAAGUUGAUGGGCAGCAAACGUGGCUCCAAAAAUGGACGCCUGAUUUUAAGCCGGUGGAGGAUUCCCCUGUUGUACCAGUCUGGGUCCUCCUUCCCGAGCUGCCUUAUCACCUUCAUGCUUGGUAUUAUCUUCGACAAAUAGUUGCACCCAUUGGAACUCCUCUCUCAAUGGAUAAUGCCACGGAAGGAAGAACUCGACCUAGCGUUGCCAAAGUCAGGGUCGAGGUCGAUCUCACUAAAACCAAAAUCCAAUCUAUUUGGAUUGGAUCGCAAGAUGAGGACCACACUCUCAAAGGGUUCAAUCAAAGAUUGGAGUAUGAAGGUGUCCCUAAAUACUGUCGACACUGCAAAUUACUUGGGCAUUCGAUACUUCAAUGUAGAAAAGUUAAGAAGAAAAUGGGGAAUGAGGAAAACAAGGACAGUAACAAUAGUACCACUCCUCAAACCAAAGAACAGGAACAUCGUCAAGAAGAAGACAUUGGUACGACUAAGAUUGAUUGUGGUGAAAAUGAGAUCGAUGAUGCUGAUAAUAAUGUCCAUACUCAACGCAAGGAAAUAACUGCUGCAACUGCUAAUAACAACAGAGAUGGGGCAGUGGAGGCUGAUGAAACCCAAAACAUUUUACAGGAAAGGCCAAGCAAAGAAGAAGAGAAGAAUAAAGCAGGAAUAGAUGUUGCCGGUGGUAUCAAUAUCAACUUGGAUGAGAGUGAUUCCAAUUCUAUUGCCCAAAGAGAUCAAGAAUCAAAUAAAGUUAUUGAUAUGAACAAAGAUAAAGAGGAUCUGAACAGAGAACUGAUAAAUCCCAUGGCAAGAAGAGGUGAAUCUAUAGCACCUAAAGAGCCAGUUAGUGCAAACACGGAUGACAGAAACAAGGAACCCAUACAUCUCACAGUAUACUUAAAUUGGAUCCCUCCUAUAUCUCAUAUAGCGGAUGAACACACAAAGAAUAAUGAAGCUACUUCCCCUGAGAAAGAAGAUACCCAAGAAUCCAAAAAUUCGGACACUGGCCAAAUGGAGGUGCAAAGCAAGCAGGAGCAGACAAGAGAAAAUAAACAAAUCAGCAUUCAGGAAGAUAAAGGGAAUAGCAAAGCUCAAUCAUCAAACAACAAAGGUAAAAACAAGCAGAAGAACAAAAAUAAGAAAGCUACUGUUUUGGAGAGUAAUAAUCAACAUAUCACCUUUGAGAUCACUGAUAAUUGUAGAAAUGAGGUCUUAUAUGUCUCUAUUGUUUAUGCUAAAUGUUGCUCGAACGAUAGAAGAGAACUGUGGGAUAGUCUUAUUGAUCUUGCCAGUAGUAUUAAUGGUCCUUGGUGUGUUGGUGGUGACUUUAAUGUUAUCAUGAACAGUGAGGAAAAAAUAGGAGGUAGACCCCACAGGGCAUCCAAGAGCCUCGACUUCAUCAGCUCAAUGGAAGCCUGUGGGUUAACAGAUUUGGGUUUUGUAGGCCCUAAAUUUACUUGGUGCAAUAAUAGAGGGCCGGGCAGAAGGAUAUGGAAGAGAUUGGAUAGAAUAUGUGUCAAUGACCAAUGGCUUCAACACUAUCAACACAACUAUAUUAGAAAUCUGUCAAGAACUGGGUCGGAUCACAGGCCAUUGCUCUUAAAGUGCCAUAAUGAGCAACAAGAUAUCAUGAGGUAUUUCAAGUUUCUAAAUCUUUGGACUACACAACCUGAUUUUCUUUCUAUUGUGCAGGAUACUUGGAACUUACAUGUGCAGGGGAAUGCAAUGUGGAGGCUCAAAAGUAAACUCCAAGCAGUAGGGAAAAAACUCAGCCAGUGGUCUAAAGAAAGCAUAGGAGACAUUAAUGAAUAA